AUCACACUUAGGGGCAAUUUAGAGGAACCUAUGAACCUAUGAAGCAUGUUUUUGGACGAUGGGAGGAAGCCGGAGAAAACCCACGCAUGCGCAGGGAGAACACGCUAACUCCACACAAGAAAGGCCCCCAUUGGUGUUCUGGUUCAGGGCCCCCAGCCGGGACUUGAAUCGCUGUGAGACAAGAGCGCUACCCACUGCACCACUGAGCGGCUCAGGAAGAAAUUCAUUUGUUCCAAAACUCAAAGAUCUUUAUGUUCUGGAUAUUUCUGAUACAUUUCGAGUUUUUUUUUUUUUUUUUUUUUUGCAGUGAGUUUUGGGUUUUCCGUUUUGCGGGACACCGCUUUCCUCUGCGGACCAUCAGGGUGAACCUGCGUGACCGCCGAGGGCCGCUGCAGGACCAGCCCGCACAUGAUUGGCUUCAUGACGUCACGAACCUCAGGAGCGGUUAAAAAAAAAGACCUUAAUGGAAACAAUCUUUAUCAUCCUCCUGACUGCAGUACGCAUGUCCCUUCCUGCUCCAGAGGCUUUGUUUACAUAACAGCUGGAUGAGGGACCGCGUGCAUCCCGCCGCGUGCCGCAGAACCUCGCAGCAGAGAGGUGUGGUGGUUGUGCGCACGCGCGUGCCCGCCGCCGCAGAGCCGCGUGCCUCACUUCACCUGCGGCUGUGAGGUGGGCGGUGCUAACGGGAGGGGGUGUGCGCGCGGCUAGGGGCCGAAGGGGGCGGAGCCGCUCGGACGUGAGAAGGUGACGUCAGCUGGCAGGGCGCAGAGAAACAAACAUGGCGGCAGAAUGGAGCGGGCAGCACGGGUACGCUCUGACCGUCAUCGUCUGCCUGUGGGGCGCGGCCGGCGGGCGCGCGGAGACCGCGGCGGCCGCGCCCGGUUCCGGCGGCGGGACGCAAGUGCUCGGGAUGCGGUUCGAGCGCAGCGACAAGCCGGCCAGCACCACUGAGGACGGCGUCAUCCAGGUGACCGAGCACAGCUCCGUGCAGCUCCGCUUCUACGGCGUGCAGCUCCACGCGGGCGCGUGGACGCAGAUCCGCUUCACGGAGAUCGUGGACAGCGGCGGAGGGGCGGAGGCGGAGGCGGAGGAGGCGGCCCGGGGGGGCAGCGGCAUGACGGACACCCAGGACAGAACCUGCGCGGACUUCACCAAGGACAUCGUGGUCGGGAGCUUCAUGAACGUGAGCGGCCGCGGCACCACGGGGGUGCUGCGCGUGCACGUCAAGGCGCUGCGCAAGAGCGAGGCGCAGAAGGAGUACGCGCUGUGCACCCCCAGCGCGGACGGCGGCCGCUGGGAGCUGCUGGGGGGCAGCGACGGCAGGGUGCUGGUGCUGGAGGAGAAGAAGUCGAUGCUGCCGCUGUGGCUGCAGGUCAUCCUGAUCUGCGGCCUGCUGGUGCUGUCCGGCAUGUUCAGCGGGCUGAACCUGGGCCUGAUGGCGCUGGACCCCAUGGAGCUGCGCAUCGUCCAGAGCUGCGGCACCGACAAGGAGAAGCGGUACGCGCGCAAGAUCGAGCCCAUCCGCAGCAAAGGCAACUACCUGCUGUGCUCGCUGCUGCUGGGGAACGUGCUGGUCAACACCACCCUCACCAUCCUCCUGGACGACCUGAUCGGCUCCGGGCUGGGCGCCGUGGUCGCCUCCACCGUCGGCAUCGUCAUCUUUGGGGAGAUCGUCCCCCAGGCGCUGUGCUCCCGCCACGGGCUGGCCGUGGGGGCCAACACCAUCAUGGUCACCAAGUUCUUCAUGCUGCUCACCUUCCCGCUGUCCUUCCCCGUCAGCAAGCUGCUGGACGUUCUGCUGGGCCAGGAGAUCGGAACCGUCUACAACCGGGAGAAGCUGGUGGGGAUGCUGAGGGUGACGGAGCCCUACAACGACCUGGACAAGGAGGAGCUCAACAUGAUCCAGGGGGCGCUGGAGCUGCGCUCCAAGACCGUGGAGGACGUCAUGACGCCGCUGGCCAACUGCUUCAUGAUCCAGGCGGACGCCGUGCUGGACUUCAACACCAUGUCCGAGAUCAUGGAGAGCGGCUACACGCGCAUCCCCGUGUACGACGAGGAGCGCACCAACAUCGUGGACAUCCUCUACGUCAAGGACCUGGCCUUCGUGGACCCGGACGACUGCACCAACCUGAAGACCAUCACCAAGUUCUACAACCACCCGGUGCACUUCGUGUUCCACGACACCAAGCUGGACGCCAUGCUGGAGGAGUUCAAGAAAGGUAAAUCCCACCUGGCCAUCGUCCAGAAGGUGAACAACGAGGGGGAGGGGGACCCGUUCUACGAGGUGCUGGGAUUGGUCACGCUGGAGGACGUCAUCGAGGAGAUCAUCAAGUCGGAGAUCCUGGACGAGUCCGACCUGUACACGGACAACAGAAACAACAAGAAGGUGGACUCCAACAAGAACAAGCGCGACUUCUCCGCCUUCAAACACGACAUCAAGUUGAAGAUCUCUCCUCAGCUCAUGCUGGCGGCGCAUCGUUUCCUGGCCACGGAGGUGAACCUGUUCAGCCCGUUCCAGAUCAAGGAGAAGGUCUUGCUGCGGAUCCUCCGUCACCCCGACGUGAUCCAGGAGCUGAAGUUCAACGAAAGCGACAAGCGGUCGCCGCAGCACUUCCUGUACCAGCGAGGCAAACCGGUGGACUAUUUCAUCCUCAUCCUGCAGGGUCGGGUUGAGGUGGAGGCUGGAAACGAGAACAUGAAAUUUGAAACGGGUCCGUUCUCUUACUACGGAGUCAUGGCGCUGAGCACGCCGUCGCUGGCCGUCACCCCCCCCCUGUCCCCGUCAGUGACGUCCCCCCCUCCACGACGCCUCUCUCUAAAGAGGUUUUCUCUUUUCUCUCGUUUUCCAGAGUUUCGUUCUCCGUCACACGGAGGGAACUUGAACCGCUCCGCUUCUCUGAGCUGCACAGAGCGUGCUCAGGAGAGCGGCUCCAUCAGCGGGAGCCAGCCCCAGAUACCGGGAACCCCCUUCCAGUACAUCCCGGACUUCAGCGUUCGAGCCCUCACUGACCUUCAGUAUGUGAAGGUCAUACGGGCUCACUAUCAGAAUGGCCUCCUGGCGUCCCGCCUGGACAGCAUGCCUCAGUCUCCGGAGGGCAGCCGCACAAGGCUGGACACAUCCCUCUCUUUGCCUCCCGUCACGCCGCCCGGGUUGAGCACUCCGCUGCCUCUGGCCACGCCUCCUGUAAAGCACCAGUCAUCCAACUCGCAGCCAACGCCACCAAACAGUCGCUCCACCCAAAGCUCCUCCAGCCGCUCCCCAAGCCAGCCCCAAACCACGCCCAUUUCCAACAACCACAGUCCCCUCUCCCAGACCUCCCCCUCUUUGGCAAAGUCAGCAUCUUCUGCUCCAAGUCCAACUCUAACCGUCUCCCAGCUCUCCCCGCCCUCUGAGGGGCCGGAAAACACUGCAGGAGAGACCACCACUCUGCUCAGUGAGCAGCACAACUGUGCAGGCCCCCGUCAGCCCAGCUACACCCAACCACACCAACACAUCCACUCCAUCGGUCACGCCCACACAGAGAGUACCAUCUAGCAAAACGCCUCCUGUGUAAUCCCGAAUUUUUUCUGAGGGACGCGAAGGACCAGAGACCAUCACCCAGUCUGUCCUGCAUGCUUCCAAACCAACACAAAUACAAACACGAUAAUAGGAGCUGAGACAAAGUGCAGACGAGAAACUCCACCCACUGGCGGUGGGGCUGGUGGAGGUCUAAGCUCCUCUUGAAAAUGGCCCCUCCUCUUUCUCCCUCUGCAAAAAACACAGAGCUGAAUGGAAUUCAGUUUAUGUCGUCAAGCCAGAAUAUAGACAUUUUAAAUUCAAAUCCAACCAAAACGCUGCCCUCUGUGGUCAUAUGCAGUACUGCAUCCUGCAUGUUUAGCAUUAAUCUACUUUUCACCGUGUGAAAUUAACAUGUAAAACUGUUCCUGCUAGACAUGUGCAUUUGGAAAACAAGAAUCGUUUAUAUGUCGAGGAGCUCGCAAAGAAUUGAGCUGAAAAACAAUUUAUACGUUUUAAGCAACAAGCGCAGUUUCUUUCACCUCCAAUGCAUUUUGGAAGACGAUGCAUCAAAACCACAGCAGGAACAAAAAACUGUAUUCAUUAUUUAAAUGAUGUGAGUUUUACAGGAAAAACAGUUUUGCAGUUGAAAAGUUUGAGACUUUUUUUUUUUCUUUUCUUUUUUUUUUCUUCUUUUGUCCAAAGAGCGAAACUUCCAAAGUUAUAAAGUAAACCACAAUGGUUUAAUUUACUGUAAGAAUGCGUUCAGGUAGGUCUCUUUUUGUCAGAGAUUGUGUGUUCUUCAGAACCGAGGCCUCACAGUUGGACACAUUCACAAACCAGCAAACGGACCAGACUCACUGUGGCUUCAGGAAUGCCACGUGGAACCGAACGCAUCACUGGGGCUGCAGGUUUGUGAAGCCGCUUCAGUCCAAACGACUGCUCUUAGAUUUCAGGAAACCCAAUUCAGUUCUAAUCCUGAAUUUGGAAUGUUAUCAGAAAAUGGGCGGAGACAAGAGUUUGGAGGCGGAGCCCGAUGGUCCACAUCAGAUCAUUUCAAAACAAACCGUGGUGCUGAAUAAAUAGCUUUGUGAAAUAGAUGCAUUGAAACUGCUGACAGUUUUAUAAUUCAAUCGACUGUGUUGAUAUUUUUACUUUUAUAAAAAUGAAAAAGGCAGAGACAGGUGCAGCCGGGUACGGUCUGGAUUAUAUGACAACUCAGGAUUAACGGAUAAUUCUGCCUGUUGCUGACAGUUGAUGUCAAGCAGCAUGCAAAGCCAUUUUUACACUCGAAGACCAAACAGGAUGAUUAUGAAAGGUUUCAAUGGCUUUAAAAAAAGCUCAGUUCUUCAUUAAUUCCAGAAAAUGUAAAUAAUUCAGAUAUUUCCUGUAUUCAUUUUUUUCUAAUGCUAGUGGUUGAGUUUGGACUGGAGGGACGAGAACCUGCAGCACUGGUGAUGUGGGGUUGAAGGCAGCAUUAUGAGGGAACUGCAUCGACGUUUGAGUCGUGCUGGUUGUCCUGACCUACCUCCAGAAGGAAAUAUGUUUUCCAAUAUUUUAUUUUUCAAGAGUGCAAUGUGAACAUUUAUGUUGAGUAAUGUGUCUUUGAAUGCAGUUGUUUUUUUAUAUAUAUUUGUUUUCUUUUAUUUCUUAAAAACAAGCGGUGUUUGUCCGACAGGACGCACGGGUGCUCUUUCUCGAGUCUUCCACGCGGCGUUUCCUCUCAUGGCGAGGAGCGUGGAGCAGAGACGAAAGGCCAUCAAACUGGACCUUAGAUUACUGCGACACUGUGCUACUGACACAUGGAGACAGGUUAGAAGUGAUACCAAACUGAAUCUGCAGGUUUAGCGAGUAUUAGAAAUGUGAAAUGAGUUUUCUUCAAAACAACAACGAAAAACUCUUCAGUGGGAGCUUUUGAUGUAUGUUUUUUAUUUUAUCUAUGAGGGAUGCAUUUAACAUCAGACCAAAACCUUUUUUUGUUUUGUUUUUCAGGAAUGAGGGACACAAUUUAAAUAGCCAAAUUCUGUAACCUCUAGUUCUUUUAUGCUUAGGCAUUUCUUGUGUCCUUUAUUUAAUAAUGAGUUGAAACGGAUAAUUGUAACGCACCUUUUCUUUGUGUUAAACAUUAUUAUGGAGGACACUGCAGUUUUGCGGGUGUCCGCUCCACUCGGUAAAUUGCAGAAUCCUGAAAUCCCUAGGAAAUUAUCAGCUGUUAUUUGGCCAAAGCUCCUGUUUUUAAAUCGUUAAUUUAAGGUUCAAGGUCAAGCUGACGAUGUGCACAAACUGGAUGUGACAGACACUUUUUUUUCCCCACACGGCGACAUGGCCUCGGCUAACUUUUUUCGUCUCUUGGUUGCUAUUAUAGAAUAAAGUAAACUUUAUUUGGAAAUCUUCAAUAUAGAAGCACAUUAGAGUAGAUUAUUGUAGUUUGAUCCUAAAAAGUAUCCAAUAAUAAAUAGAAUUCACGCUGAGGUGUAAAAUAAUAGCACAGAUUUACUGUUGUGAUGCUAGCUAAUGUUAGCAUGCUUCCUUUCUAGCUUAAUUUAUGGCAAGCGAAAGGGAACAUAAAUCAUGUGUGUAUGUAUAUACAUGUAUAUACACAUAUAUAUAUAUAUACACACACACACAGUAAUUGGGUUGUGGCGAACAUUUUUGUUACUUCAGCUAAGAAGGAAGCAUGCUAGCCUUAGAGCUAACAUCCCAAGAACAAACCUGCACCAUAAUUUUAUUUAUACAUAUAUAUAAAAAAUUAUAAAUAUAAUAUUUUUUGUAUACUUUCUAAUUAAGUACUGUAUUUAAGUAUAUAUUGGGAAUAUCUAAGUGAAAAUCUGCCUUUAUCCUUUGUUAAAAAACUUACGUGGAAUAUAAAAAUAACAGCCCUCCGUAGAAAAGGAUAAGUAGAAUAUAGUCAGAGGGUUCAUACUAUUAUCUAUUAUAAAUAUUUCUUAGUGAUUUUUUUUAAAAUAUAAAUUUAUUUUCUGUUAUUCCAAAAAAAAAGUAGUUUCAUUUUGAAUGUUUUUGUCCGUUAUUUCAUACAUUGAAUUUUUGGUGAUGAAUAUUUACCUCUUAUGCUCACAUUAGAAGUCAAGUAAUCUCUGGAGACCAAAAUGUAGGUUUUUAAUAUUUAAUCUUGAGAAAUAUUGAAGAAGUUAUUAAUUUUUUGAGAGGGAGAAAACGCUCAAAUUAAAUGGAUACAGUGAUGAAAAGUUUAUUUCCUCUCCUGGUUUACGUAUGAAAUUCCAAGCAGGGUUCUGUUAAUAUUCUUGGUAAAAAUGAAAUGUCUUCAACAUUUAUGUAAAUAUGCUUUUCUCUUGGAACUUGAGGAUUAACUUGUUUGUGGUUAAAUGGACUUAAAUGAUCAAAAUCAACCCAAAGUGGCGGGACUCCUCGGGCUCUGUGGGAGUCUGAAGAUGUUACCUCGUUGAUUCCCACAUACGCUGCAAUGUGAAGGGGAAUUAUUUUAUUGAAGAUGGUGACAGAUGUAUAUUUUAAGAGACAGCUACAUAAGCUACUGCAAAUGACCAGUUAUUGUAAAGAAAGAUAUUUUCAGAGUUUAUUUAACAUUUGUGAGUGGAUUUCCAGAGUGCUGGUUAACCAGGAAGUUCCCAGUAGCACUUUGCUAAUUGGUGACUUAAUAUUGUGAGUCCAGUUGAUCAAACAGUGACAGUUUUCCAUGUCUUUUAUAAAGUUUAACUGAAAGUUAACCGAGCAGUUUUGACAAAGUUUUGCAGCACAGUGAACCUGUUCAGUUUUCAAAAGAAUGAUUACAAAGAUCUUUGAAAAACUUUGUUUACAAGACGAAGCGUCUCCGUGUGCCUGUCCGACCAGGUUUCUCCUUGGUGGCGCCGCAGAAGCCUGCAUAUGCAGCAGCUCGUCACACGGCGCGUAACGUUUUAAAUAACUUUCACAGUUAAAACAUUUUAUUUAACAAUCUAUUUAGGCGACUCAGCAAAAUCAGUUGGAAGCUGCAGAUGGAUGUUGCUAAAUCACACGCUUACCGCCAUGCUAAAGGUAGCAUGCUAAAGGUAGCAUGAAGCUAACUGUACAAAGAUUCAAGAGUUAUUCAUUGUCAUUUCACCACAAAGGUGAAACAACAUUUGUGACUCUGGUCCCGGGUCAACAGCGCAAAUAUGGCAAGCAAAUUAAAACGACGAGAAAAAAUAUUUAUCAGUGUGAUACAGAAGUAACUUGUGCUGAGUACAGUUCCUAUGGAAUCUAAGGUUUCUACUAAAGCUUUAGCAAACAUGUCUGAUGUGUAGCAGUGAUCCAUGAAGCCGGUCAUGUUUGAAUCUCGAUUGGUCCUUAACCUGAAACAGCACUGAAACUGAGAUCGAGACCCACACGGCUAGGGGCCCCACACGGCUGGGGGCCCCACAUGGCUAGAGGCCCCACAUGGGUAGGGGCCACGUGGCUAGGGGCCCCUACCCAAGCUGCUCGUAUUUUCUUAGUUCACAACAGCUGAAAUGGAAAAUCCAUUCAUAGAGAACGUCUAUGGGGAUGAAUAAGCAUCAGCAAAAAAGUGAAAAGAAAAACCAGGCUGUAAAUUAAAAAAAAAAGAAAGAAAAUGAAAGUUUGAAAGCAAACAUUGUAAA